GCGACGGAGAACAAGCGGACCCAAUAAUAAGAAAUCUAAAUUCGCCAUGGAGUCGAAAAGAAGACGUCGGUCUCGGUCAAGAUCUCGAAGUUGGAACCGAGAAUCCAAGAACCGAACCAGACAGAGCAGAUCACGAUCUGCCGAGAGAAGCGAGGUACGCAAUCGCUCUGUGGAUCGGAAGCGAUCUGUCCGUCGGAGCGGACGCUCCGGGAGUCGAGGUUCCACCAGCAACCGCGGAUCACCGCCGCGUCGACAGUGGCCUAAAAACAGAGGCCGUUCUGGAUCCCGGAGCGAUUCAGAAAGCGAUAAACAAGCCAAAAGACGUUUUAAAAGCAGAUCAAGGGAUCGAUCGGGUUCUGAUUCGGAUGAGCAAACGUCACGAAGACCAAAGGAUAAAGGGGACCGACGAGAAGCAAAAAGAGAAAUAAGGAGAGAGAGGUCUAAAUCUUGUUCGGAUUCAAGCGUGGAGAACAGGGAACUGAGAAAACGGAGGAGUCCUAGUAAAGGAAGCCCCGCCAAAGACAGACGCAAGAGAGAGGUGGAGAAGGAAAGGCCGAGGAGCAGCAGUAGAGAUCUUGAUAUUAGACGAGACAGAGAUAGAAUCCCAGAGGUAAAACAACGCAGUGUUGACCGGGAGCAUGGUGGCAGGGAGAGAAGCAGAGGGAAGGGUGAAGAAGACCGGCGGAGGCCACGGUCUGCGUCAGCCGAGUCCUCAGACAGCUCCGGGUCAGAUCGCAAGGGCCGCAAACGCUCCCCAGAACCUAAGCAUGAAGACAAGGAGGAAACAAAAAAACAGAAAGACAUGCUGAAAGCCCUGGAGACGCCGGAGGAGAAGAGGGCCAGGAGACUGGCCAAGAAGGAGGCGAAGGAAAGAAAAAAGAGAGAGAAGAUGGGCUGGAGCGAGGAGUAUAUGGGAUACACCAAUGCAGACAAUCCCUUUGGGGACAACAACUUGCUCGGUACAUUCAAAUGGCAAAAGGCAUUGGAAAUGAAAGGCAUUGGUCACCUUGGAGAGAAGCAGCUGAAGGACAGAAACAAACAGAUCCAAGAAGAUAACCGCAGAGAGCUUCAGAAGGUAAAACAGCUGCGCUUGGAGAGGGAGAGGGAGAAGGCCAUGAGGGAGACGGAGCUUGAGGUUCUGCAGAGGGAGAAGGAGGCGGAGCACUUCAAGACCUGGGCCGAACAGGAAGACAACUUCCACCUGCAUCAGGCCAAGCUACGAUCUAAGAUCCGUAUCCGCGACGGGCGUGCCAAGCCCAUCGACCUGCUGGCCAAGUACAUCAGCGCCGAGGACGACGACCUGGCGGUGGAGAUGCACGAACCGUACACCUUCCUCAACGGGCUCACCGUCACCGACAUGGACGACCUGCUCGAGGACAUCAAGGUUUACAUGGAGCUGGAGCAGGGAAAGAAUGUGGACUUCUGGAGAGACAUGACCAUCAUCACUGAAGACGAGAUCAUCAAACUCAGGAAGCUGGAGGCUUCUGGAAAAGGACCAGUGGACCGCCGCGACGGCAUCAACACCUCGGUGACCAUCGACGUGCAGAUGGUGUUCAAGGGGAAGACGUACAGCCAGCUGCAGGCCAUGAACAUGAACAUCGACUCCAAGAUCCGACAGGGGGGCUCCAACCUGGACAUCGGCUACUGGGAGAGCCUGCUGCAGCAGGUCCGGGUGUUCAUGGCGAGGGCCAGAUUGAGGGAGAGGCACCAGGACGUCCUGCGCCAAAAGCUCUUCAAACUGAAACAGGAACAAGGAGUGGAAAGUGAGCCGCUGUUCCCCAUCAUCAAGGAGGAGCCGGAGCUGGAAGAGGAGGCGGCUGCCAGUGGGAGGAGGGGCGUGGAGGCCGGGCCCUCAUCGCCCUCCGCCGGGCCCAGCGGGGACGCUGCCGCUGGGGAGCCCGACGGCGAGGAGGCCGGCACCUCCGGAGAGGGCCAGAAGGAGGGCGAGGGCGAGAAGGAGGGCGAGGAGGAGAAGGAGGAGGCGGUGCUGACGGAGGAGGACCUGAUCCAGCAGAGCCAGGCGGAGUACGACUCGGGCCGCUACAGCCCCACGCUGCUCACCGCCUCCGAGCUGCCGCUGGACGCCCACACCAUCACGGCCGACGAGAACCAGCAGAGGCUGCGCCUGGCCCGCACGCGGCUGCAGGUCACCGGGGACGUGGGUGAAAGCGCAGAGGACGCGUUUGUCCGCCGCGCCAAGCAGGGCAUGGGCAACGACGAGGCCCAGUUCAGCGUGGAGCUGCCCCUCACGGGCAAGAUGUACCUGUGGGCCGACAAGUACCGGCCCCGCAAGCCCCGCUUCUUCAACAGGGUGCACACCGGCUUCGAGUGGAACAAGUACAAUCAGACCCAUUAUGACUUUGACAACCCGCCGCCCAAGAUCGUGCAGGGCUACAAGUUCAACAUCUUCUACCCCGACCUGAUCAACAAGCGCUCCACGCCGCAGUACUUCCUGGAGCCCAGUCCCGACAACAAGGACUUUGGCAUCCUGCGGUUCCACGCGGGCCCCCCCUACGAGGACAUAGCGUUCAAGAUCGUCAACAGGGAGUGGGAGUACUCCCAUCGUCACGGCUUCCGCUGUCAGUUUGCCAACGGGAUCUUCCAGCUGUGGUUCCACUUUAAGAGAUACCGCUACAGGAGAUAAGCUGGAACGAGCUGCUACUCGCUGUUUACACCAGCCGACGUCUCCUCAGUGUUUUAUCGUUUCACUUUUAUUCCGUAGCAGCUGGUGGCUGUUUAAAAACUGCCGUAAUGUCUAACCGUUUUGAAAUUACUGUUUUGAAAAGUUAUUUUUAUUGUAUCCCUCCAGUGAUUGAUUAAAAGAUGGUUCUUUUGCAA